GGAUGAUUACGUCACUUCCGGGAAGACCCGCCUCAUGACUCAGAAUCUCGACGUGGUCUCAGUCAGUGGAGACUGUCAAAAUAUUUUCAAGUUUUACAGCGAUCGUUGGGAGAGAAAGUCCUCACGAUGUUCAGUUGGAUGAAAUCUAAAGACUCGGACGUACCCCAAGUGUAUGGGAAUGUUGUAGAGGGUCUAAAACAGGUUUACAGAGAAAAGCUCCUCCCGUUAGAGGAACACUACAAGUUCCAUGACUUCCACUCGCCGGCCCUGGACGAUCCGGACUUCGAUGCGAAGCCCAUGGUGCUGCUGGUCGGGCAGUACUCGACGGGGAAGACCACCUUCAUCAGAUACCUGUUAGAACGGGAGUUCCCGGGCAUACGGAUCGGCCCCGAACCCACGACAGACCGCUUCAUCGCGGUGAUGCACAGCGAAUCGGAGGGGGUGAUCCCGGGUAACGCGCUGGUUAUGGACCCUAAGAAACAGUUCCGCCCGCUGUCCAAGUUCGGCAACGCCUUCCUGAACAGGUUCCAGUGUUCCCAGCUGCCCAGCCCGGUGCUGGAGAGCCUGACGUUCGUGGACACGCCCGGGAUCCUGUCAGGGGAGAAGCAGAGGACGGCCAGAGGGUAUGACUUUGCUGGUGUAUUGGAGUGGUUUGCGGAGCGCGUAGACCGAAUCAUCCUUCUAUUCGACGCCCACAAGCUCGACAUCUCGGACGAGUUCCGUCGAGGUAUUGAGGCAUUGCGAGGCAACGACGACAAGAUUCGCAUUGUCUUGAACAAAUCGGACAUGAUUGACCACCAACAACUGAUGAGGGUGUAUGGAGCGCUCAUGUGGUCACUAGGCAAGGUUAUCAAUACGCCUGAGGUAGCACGUGUGUACAUCGGCUCGUUCUGGGACCAGCCUCUCCAGUACGACAUCAACAGACGACUGUUCGAGGCAGAGGAACACGACCUGUUCGCAGACCUGCAGAGUCUCCCGAGGAACGCAGCGCUCAGGAAACUCAACGACCUCAUCAAGAGAGCUAGACUUGCUAAGGUGCAAGCCUACAUCAUCAGCCACCUUCGCGGCCAGAUGCCGUCGAUGUUCGGCAAGGACUCCAAGAAGAAGGAGCUGAUUGACAACCUUCACAAGACGUACGAGCAGAUCCAGCGGGAGCAGCAGAUCUCCAUCGGAGACUUCCCGCAGAUCGAGCGCAUGCAGGAGCAGCUCCGGCAGAUGGACUUCACCAAGUUCCACAACCUCAAACCCAAGCUCAUCGAGAAGGUGGACCACAUGCUCACUGUGGACAUGCAACAACUAUCAACAAAGGCCAUGGAUGACAUGCAGCAGCUGAUGAAGAUGGUGCCACAGGAGGAGGAGGUGUGCAAGAUCGAACCCAGCGUCAGGGGCGGGGCGUUUGCUGGUGCGCAAGAGAGUCCAUUUGUAGCUGGGUACGGCGAGGGUGCAGGAGAAGGCAUCGGUGAUGAGGAGUGGGUGGUCGCCAAGGACAAGGCAGAGUACGACCAGAUCUUCUUCACGUUGUCCCCGGUGAACGGGAAGAUCACGGGAGCAAACGCCAAGAAACACAUGGUCACGUCCAAGCUGCCCAACACAGUACUGGGGCGUAUCUGGAAGCUGUCGGACAUUGACAGAGAUGGGAACCUGGAUUCCGAUGAGUUUGCUCUUGCAAAGCACCUUAUUAAGAUCAAGUUGGAUGGAGAAAAUAUUCCAGCUGAGCUGCCCUCCCACUUAGUGCCUCCAUCCAAACGUGACUUCUACAAUUCAUAAAUAUGUCUUUUAGUGCAUCCAUUACCCUGUCCACCCCUCUGUGAUAAUCAACUCUCCCAUGACAAAACAAAUGCAAACUUUAUAUACAGAAAUUUUCCUUUAGAAAAGCUGUAUUUGUGGCGAGAAAUUUGGGACAGGGAGUUUUGUGUAUAUAUAGAUUAAAUGGUGAGUGAAAUUUGACUUGACUGCUUGCCUGUAGCACACAGAAAUUCUACUAGGGGAAUUUCACUGCAUGAGAUUUCAGAAAAGAUCUUCUGCAAUGGAUCCAUACUAUAUUGGAAAUUUUUGGGCUAUUUGGUGUAAAAGCAAAAUCACAUGUUGAAAUCACAUGGUAUUUGCAUUAUCCUUACUUGUGAAACUGUACAAAAGCAAAGCUCUGAUUACAGUGGAGACAAUUGCUGUUUUGCAGACCAUUUCAGAAUAUGAGUGGCAACUAAAUGCCUAUAUAUAGAGGUGGUGUUGACCAAUAGUGAUUUAUUUUGUAGCAUGAAGUGUAAACAAAAGUUGUGUUUUGUGACUUUGACCUUUCUAAUAUACAAACUUGAUGGCACUGUAAAUGCAGGGAUUUAAAUUUUGCAGUAGGGAGACAAUGGAGAGUUUGGAAUGGUUUUAAGCUCAACAGGGGUGGGUGGACAAAAAAUAGAACAACCAUUUUUGUGGCGGUUUUAAGUUUGUGGUGAUGAGGCCACAGCCAAAAUUGCAAACAUUAAACCACCCUCAAAAUUUCAACAUUUUCAGUGAUUGCAUUAAUGUUUAUAAGCUAAGAUAAGCACUCUGCAUAUAUAUGUUUGUAUCUAGACAUUAAUCUUGCAUACUAAACCGCAAGUCUGAUGUGAAUUUAUGAUAUGGUGCCCCAGAAUGAAUAGUAAAAGUAUGUUGAUUUCUAUGUGUAUCGUAUUAACAGUGUACAUUGUGAUAGUAGUUAGCAUUUUGACCAACCCACCAAUACUGUAAUGCAAUAGAAAGUUACUGAUUAGGGAAUCUGCACUGUUUCUGCUAAUGGCCAGUGAGACUUGGAGAUUCGGAGUGACAUUAAACUGGUCUAUGUGUGAAAAGUUGGUUGGUAUGACACAAUCAGCUGCCUAUGUGCACCACAGUGUGAUUCUCCAAAGGGCAGUUAAUACCAGUUGAAUCAGAACAAGGAAUUCAUGUUCAAGCAUCCUAACAAUUCUACACGUCAGUCAUGUAUUUGUGUGUUUUACUUUUAUUGGUUCGCAAUGAUAACAGGUAAAAUAAUAAUAAUAUGUAACUUGCUGCAAAGUCUUUGUUGGUAGAGUUAAAUGUCUUCCUGCAGUUUUGUCAGCAACUGCUAGAGGUCCUCACAGAUGUAGGACUGCACCAGAAUGGGAUGGGGCAGUAUACAUCUAACGUUACUAGUAUUUUGACAUGGCCUUUGGCAGUUUGUUUUCCUAGCAGAUUAAAAAAAAACACAAGUUUGUAAUAUGCCUCUAUCAAUUGUCAGUGUUUUAGUAGCGAAAAAGAUGUGUAUUUCUGUUUGCUUAAGCCACAAGGAAGAGCAUUUACCAGCAUUUGUCUUGAGGGUAGAAAGUCAUUUUAUAUAACAGAUAUAGCAUGAUAGCACCUAUUAUCCUCAUUAGCAGCUCACCUUACCUACCCAGUUAUCAUUUGCACCAUGGAAUGAAUCAAAUUAAGUUAUGGCAUCAAAUGUGCUAUAUUUUAUUUAAUUACGGACAGAUGAUAUUGAUGACAUGUAAUUAAUGUUAUGUUUGACCAAAAGUAUGUAGAAUGAUUAAACAGGUGGCUUCUGUUUCUAA